UUAGCCGUGUUGAUGGUUGUAUUAUUACUAUUUAUUACAAAUUGAAAGUAAAUAUUAUUUUCUAGCGGUAUACGAAGUUUAACUUAGCGGUUUAAAAUGAACCUGUUUUUAAAAAUCCUCUCAAAUACUUAGACGCUUUAAAUUUUCUGGGAAAAUCAAUAUUAAAGUGUUUAAUAAACAAAUAGGACAUGUCUGGAGUUUUUGGAUAUAGUCGGGAAGCUGUUAGGGUAAAAGUAAAGAAAUACGAGGGCUGCUUGCCUGUUGAACUACGCAAAUUUAGCGUAGAUCCACAAAUCACUUCCUUCGAGGUAUUACAAAGCAUUCUCGCCAAAGCUUUUGAUUUAAAGGGUGAUUUUGCUAUAUCCUAUCGGGCUUAUGAUGUUACAGGAAAGGAGGUGUAUAUGAGAUUACUCUCUGAUUGGGAUUUAGACGCGGCAUUUUUGAAGGCACAUAAUACAUCAGUUGCCACCAAUGCAGAACCUUGUUUAUGUUUAAGAGUAGAUCUAAAAUCAUUUGAAGAACAGGUUGAUGAUUGGGAGCAAAGACAAACUGUUUCCAUUGUUACUCAGAUUAGAACAGUAUCCAGUCAAGAAGCAAAACCUGCUUCAAGAUUACAUGGCGUAUUUAAUCAGAUGGGAAAAACUCUUAAUAUGGUACAAAGAGCUUUCAAUUUUGGAGAAGACGGCAAUAAUCCAAUACCGCCACCUAGGCAUGCAUUAAACGAUGGAGAGUUUCGUAGGUUUUGUGAUGCAGUUGGUCAAAUUGUUUAUCCUAAAGAAUUAAGAUCGGUAAUUUAUUAUGGCGGUAUAGAACCGAGCUUGAGGAAAGUAGUUUGGAAACAUUUACUUAAUGUUUACCCCGAUGGUAUGACCGGUAGGGAAAGAAUGGAUUAUAUAAAAAGAAAAGCAAACGAGUAUGAAAAGUUAAGAGACACAUGGAAACAAGCCAUAGCACAGGGCCCUGUAGUUGGGGAAUUAGCCUAUACCACAGGAAUGGUUAGAAAAGAUGUAUUAAGAACAGACCGACACCAUCCGUUUUAUGCUGGAAGCGACGACAAUCAAAAUAUAGCAUCAUUAUUCAAUAUAUUAACAACAUAUGCUUUAAAUCAUCCAAAAGUUUCUUACUGUCAAGGUAUGAGUGAUUUAGCAUCACCACUUUUGGUAACAAUGAACGAUGAAGCUCAUGCCUAUAUUUGUUUUUGUGCUCUGAUGCAAAGACUGGCCACAAACUUUAUGAUAGAUGGUAUUGCAAUGACUCAGAAAUUUACUCACUUGGCUGAAGGUUUGAUGUAUUAUGACCCAGAAUUCUAUAACUAUUUGAAAGUUCAUCAGGCUGACGACCUUUUAUUUUGUUAUCGCUGGCUGUUAUUAGAAAUGAAGAGAGAAUUUGCUUUUGACGAUUCUCUGAGAAUGUUGGAAGUUCUUUGGGCUUCGUUGCCCGCUGAUCCCCCUCAACUAGAGCUCAAAUUGUUUGACACACCUUUCCAUCCUAUUCCGGCCACUGCCACGCCUCCAAUCAGCCCAUUGGUGAAAACUCCACGGGAAAACGCCUACACCAAAGUCUGCGCCUUGCGACGUCAAAGUUCGUCGAUAUCAUUAAGUAAUUACGCUUGUAGAAAGUCUUGUCCCGUUAAACGACAGAACCAUAGCUUAGACGAGACGAUAAGUAGAUACAAAGGUAGCGCGCUGGACAUUAAGCUUAAUAAAAACCAAAGCUUGGACGACGCCGCACUCACCCGCAACUUGAAAAGUGGCCGAAGUAGCGAUUCCAGUCCUAGAUCACCUAAGCAUGGUGGCUCCAAAGACGACACAUCCCCCUCCCCUUGCUCCGAACAACUUCGAGCACGAUCAGUCUCACCCCUCGAAUCGAAAUCCGACUCGGUAGUGCUUAAUAACCGCUUAAAUAACCAACCCAUCGUCGCGAAAACGAAAAGCGCAAGCCUCUCCUCCAGCAUGUCGAAUCUAAUCAAAAACACGAAAAAAGGCGGCCAUUUCAAAGAGCUAAAAGACAAAAUUGCGGUCCAUAAGAUAUUCUCUUCUUUAGAUAGACUAGACGCCACUCAGAGUAUCAAGGAAGAGGACGAAAAGCCGAAGAAAGUCGUUAAGAAUUUGAACGAAUUCUUAAACUUCGCUGGUAUGAACAAGAAUAAGAUUUCGGAUAGAGCUCAAGGUCAGAAUCAGUUGCAGGCGAACGAGAAACCGAAAAUUAUGCUGACUAAGUCCAGCUUUGAUGAUUCGGAAAGUUCCAGCGACAAACCGAGAUGUUCUUCGACAUCCAACACGAUGACGACAGACGAUACGGAUACGUUUGAUGAAUACAGUCCGGAUGACAGUCAAGAAUACUUUCCCAUGACUACUUCCGUGACGAGGGAACUGCGUCUGGAAUUGGAGAAUUUAGAUAGGAAAGUUUUCGGGGAUCAUUACAACAGUAAAGUUUCCGAGUCACCUUCGAGCGAUUGCGACAUCAAAACUGCCAACAAGAACGAGGAAAUACGGCGGGAAAAGCCUAACGGCGGUGACGUUUUCAUUUGGGAAAAUCCACUACACCAGGCGAGUCCGAAGAACAUGCCUUCUUUCACCGAUACGCCCGAUGAACAAGCCGAUAUAGAUUACGACCCUCCCACCAUGGUAAACGAAACUUCAGCUACCAAAACCGUCACUCCGAUUAAGAUUAUCAAUUCUACAUGUAAAACGGAGACAAGACAGAAAGUCGUAGCGAAUAUUUCCGCACCCUCGCCCCAACCUAAGCCUUUUACUUGUCAAAAUAUACCUCAAGAGUGUCAUAACGGUGCCGGAUUGAUGACGAACUCUUGCGAGGAAGUGACGGAAACCAAGUCAUCUACAUUCUUACCGCCACCUGGUGAAUUUGGCGGAGGCAAUCCGUUCCUGAUGUUUCUCUGUCUGACCGUUCUCCUUCAGCAUAGAGAUCACAUAAUGGGCAAAGGUAUGGAUUAUAACGAGAUGGCGAUGCACUUCGACAAGAUGGUAAGAAAGCACGAGGUGACUCGCGUCUUGAAUCAAGCGAGACAGAUGUAUCUUAGGUAUACCAAACAACAAACUAUUGCUCAUCAAAAACUCGAAUUGAAAAAUGAGAAUUGUUGAUAAAACGAUUAGGUAGAAAGAAGUUUUUUGACUUAGAAUUAACUGGUAAUAAAUUGUAUUUUUAAAAUAAAACCUUGGUCGAACCUUACUACUACUUAAAUAGUAUGGCCUAAAAUACAUUGAAAACUAUACUUAUGACAAUUAUGAGCUUUAAUAUCAUAGUUAAUAAUUAUUAGUAUAACGUGCUCAGUGAAAUUUUACACUAUUACAGCAUGAAUUCAAACUAUAUUCCUUCUCCUAUUAUUGUUACCUCUACUAUUAUUCCCGGUAUUCUAAAUUGUCACUGCCAAAAAAAUAGAGAUUCAAACUGAACUUAUAGCUUAUUUAUAUAGAAAUGUACAGGGUUGUACGAAUUGUAUUCGGAAAACUUUAAUAUAUUCUGCAGAUAAAAAUAUGUUAAAAAGUUUGUAUAAAUG